UAAACUCAUCAUAGAAAAAAUCUUUAUAUUAUCCAUAAUGGGAAGACAGAAGGUGCUUCUGGAAAAGAUGUCUCGGACCUUGCAGGUGCGGAACCUGCUGAUGCGACAGGCACUGGCAGAAUGUCUAGGCACCCUCAUUCUAGUGAUGUUUGGCUGUGGUGCUGUCGCUCAGUUGGUUUUAAGCGGAGGAUCUCAUGGAAUGUUUCUGACGGUGAAUUUUGCAUUUGGGUUUGCCGCUACGUUGGGAAUCCUUGUUUGUGGGCAAGUCUCAGGAGGCCACAUAAACCCCACUGUGACCUUUGCCCUCUGUGUGUUGGGGAGAGAGCCCUGGAGAAAAUUUCCCGUGUACUUCCUGGCCCAGACUCUGGGGGCUUUUCUUGGCUCAGGAAUAAUAUUUGGCUUGUAUAUAGAUGCAAUUUGGGACUUUGGACAUGGUUCUCUAAUCGUUGUAGGGGACAAUGCAACAGCCGGAAUCUUUGCUACAUACCCUUCUAAACACCUUACUUUGCUCAACGGCUUCUUCGAUCAGAUGAUUGGCACGGCAGCUCUGAUUGUGUGUAUCCUUGCCAUUGUUGACCCUUACAAUAACCCCAUCCCUCGCGGACUGGAGGCCUUUACUGUGGGCUUUGUGGUUCUGGUGAUUGGUCAGUCCAUGGGUUUUAACUCGGGUUAUGCUGUAAACCCAGCAAGAGACUUGGGACCUCGGAUCUUCACCGCAAUUGCUGGAUGGGGCUCAGAGGUGUUCUCUGCAAACUCUUACUGGUCCUUUGUGCCAAUCUUUGCCCCAUUCAUUGGUGCUGUUUUCGGUGUGAUGGUGUAUCAGCUGAUGGUGGGAUGCCAUGUGGAAGGAGAAGAAAGAGACAAAAGGGAAGCAUUGGAAAAAGAACAGAAGGACAGAUUCAAACUCACUGCUGUUUCUGAGAAGGACACACCAUAAGUCUGGGGUCAAAUGGAGCAAUUUUUUUAGUUUAGCCUCUGAAAAUAAAUUCUGCUUUCAUGACAAUACAGUAGCAAAAUUGUAUAUUGUUGCAAAGAUCAUUAGUUAUUAACUUAGGGGCCGCUUACACGACACCGUUCUAACUGAAAACCGUUAAUCUGCUCAGGCCACUCUUCAGCACAACAACACUGCCUGGUGCCUUGGUGCCUCGAGAACGCAAACCUAUAGGUUCCAAGGUGCAAGUCUUAAAGGAAAAAAAUAAUAAUAAAUAUAUAUAUAUAUAUAUAUAUAUAUAUAUACACACACACACAUACUCAUACUAAUUAGUCAUAUUUUUGUACUGUAUGCACAAUUAGUUGAAAAAUCGUAAUAUCACAUGUUAGACUGGAAAACUGGAAUAACUGGAAGAGAGGGCAACUGAGAAAACAAAAGGAAAUUAACAUUUGAACUCUCUUGCUAUAUUACCAUCCUCAUUCGAGACACAAUCACACUUGAGUUGAUCACCUCCCAAUUUACACAUCAUUCCCUUCUUCCAUCCCUACCUGAAUUCACCCAAAAAAUAGCUAUAUUUGGUUUAAAAUGACCAAUUAUCACACAGUAUUAACAAGUAACAGUUAUCAUACAGUACAUGUUUGGAUUCAUUUAAAAUGACUCAGUGUGACUGGUACGAAAGUCUCAUUUCCACUGAAGUAAACCAAAAGGGUAAUAAAAUGUGGAGAGAAACACUGCUGUGCGUGUGCCCCCAUGUACAUCAAUUUCUGUCCCCAGCAAGAUUGGGACGGUGAUUAAUGCAAAUUCCCACUGUGAACUCAUGUUUAAAUUUGAAAGGAGGUUUCUGCCUUGGUCUGAGUAUUUAGGGAGAUGCUGAAGAAGGCUUGUGGCGAUUUUAAUUCAAAUUCAAGAAUGUAUGCAAAACACUUCGCAUCGUGUAUUUUAUAAUGUCAGGUUCGCGUCUUCUCUCUUUAUUCCGCAAUUGUUGCUUUGUAUUUAUUAUCUUUGAACUGAUUAUGAAAUUGCCAUGAAACAUUUACCUGACAUAAUAAAUUGUUACAUUUGAUUUUAUUCCGACUGACUCUGAAAUUGUUUUCCCAAGUAGAUUAAACAGAUUCGAAUGUUACCGCAA